AUGCGCCUGCCCUAUGUUCCCAAUCCUCCGCCCACUACCAGCCUUGAAGAGCAGGCGAUAGUGGACCGCAUAGCCACGCGCCGUGCUCCCCGCCCUCUGCAACCUCUGGAUCUCACCCUACUGCACUCGCCACCGAUCGCCGAUGGAUGGAACGCCUUUCUUGCCGCCGUUCGCACACGCACUGCCGCCGUUCCCGAUGAUGUCCGCGAACUGGCCAUCACCCGCGUCGCCGCCAUCAACCGCGCCUGGUACGAAUGGGGUCAUCAUGCGCCCCUCGCCGUUUCCGCCGGCAUCAGCCAGGCCGCCAUCGAUAGCGUGGUGCGCGAGGUCGCCGCGCCCUUGGAUCUCGCUGCAGACGGAGAGGCCAGGGGAGGGCUGGACCAAAGGCUAUGGGCGGUAUUAUGCCUCGCAGAUGAGAUGACGAGGAGCGUCGAGGUGAGGGACGCGACGUUCGAGUCCGUGAAGGGGCUGCUGGGUGAGAGGGGAACCGUGGAGCUCGUGGCCAUAGUGGCAGCCUAUAACUGCGUGAGCCGCUUUUUAGUAGCCCUAGAUGUCGGCGAGAGAAACGGAACGGGCCCUGGUUCGGCCAACUGA